AGGUCUAAGCCUAAGGCAGCUGCCUCCAUUGUAUCGCCACCGUCCCGCACCGAGCUCACUUCAGAACAAGAAGAAGAAGCGGAUAAAGCUGGCGAACAAAUGGACAAGGAACUGCGCGACCUAGAGUUGACCACCGUGGAACUCUAUCCCGAGAGCAGGCUGGUAAUUCUGCUGGCGAUCCUUUGUCUAAUCUGGAUUAUAUUUCUCGUACUGUCGGCAGCGGUCAAGCACGGCCUGCCUCCAACAACGGACGAAGAGUCCACAAUAGCCACAUUGGUCACAACGACACAAUAUCCUACUUGGUGGACCCCUGUGACGCAAGUGACACCGUCGACCAGUUCCACCAACACCUCAACAACGCAACAACCGCUGCAAGGGAAUUUCAUAUGCUCGAGCGAUUACUGCCAAAGGGAAGGCAACUACCUGCGCGCUUUGACCACUCAUUCCACGAAGGAAGCAUGCGAAAACUUUUACGAGCACGUUUGUGGUGCUUGGAAGAAGGUCGCUUCUCGUAUAAUCCAAAAUGUGGCAGGCGCAGCAGUUUCCACCGACACUCUGCUGCAGGCGUCCAUGGAAACUCAGUUGUUGGCCUUCAUAAAGGACAGGGCGCACGCGGACGUCACUCCCGCCCGAAAGCUCUACAAUAUGUGUAUGAACAGAGGUGCGGCGAAUGCUGCGCUCUUGGACGCAAAGAAGCUGCUCCGCCAGUGGGGGUCAGACUGGCCGCAGAAGGACAGCGCUAACAUCUCUCCGACGGACGUGUGGCACUUUGCUGCCAAGCUGAUGCAGGUGCUGGGCGUGCCGUCACUCGUGGGAAUCGAGAUUGGCCUCGACCCGUGGAACAUCGACCUGAACAUCAUCGAGCUGGGCCCACCGAGAACAGUGUUCUUCUCUAAGGACGUCUCGGAGCCUCGGGUCAUGAAACUUUUCAGUGACGCGACGCGCACCGCAGCUAAAGCGCUGGACCCGAACGACGCAAGCGCUGCCAACGCAGCAGCCAAGGACGUCAGCAUCGCCUUAGCCAGUAUCUCGCUUCUCCAACUUGACGAUCUGGGAACGUCGCCUCUGGAUUUCCAGGUGAUUAAGUUCACUUCCUUGGGGAAAGGCGUGCAAUACUUUCUGCGAACCGUCUUCGCGAAUAUCGUGACACUCGAUACUAGCACCCGGCUUCUGGUCCACCGAAGUCCGCUGGUACGUCGAGAGCUGGACGAAACGGUGAAUAGCUUGCCUCCUCGCGCCAUGCUCAACUAUCUGGGCCUGCUCGCUCUCGUGGCGCUGUCUCCAUUUCUGCCGGAGCAGCUGAGUUCUCUCCGCGUGCUCCAUUCGGUGCACACGCUUGGACGGGCCGAGAUCGGGAGCAACGACGUCCUGUGUCUGCGCGCUGUGAGCCAGGCUUAUCCUGCUUGUCUGGCAACAGCGUCGCAAGCGUUAUACAAGAACACGCACCGGUCCGUGUGGCUGUCGCAGCUCGAGUCCCUGUUUGUGGGAUACGUGCGCAACGUCGUGUGGAUGGACAAUCUGACGUCCUUGUUCGUGCGCUAUAAGAUGCAGCACCACCGCUUGGCGCGCUUUUUUCCCGUCUGGCCUUUGGGCGACUGCAAUUCUACGACCAGAGCAGCGUCUUCCAAGGCCAUUAACGCCUUUGUGGACGCCGUCAGACUGCGUCAAACACAGGAGCUUGAACAGCUUGUAAAGCCUCCGCUGCAAGCGAGCACCGGCUCCCCGUUGUCGGUGUGGCCCCGGUACCGGCUGUGCCUGCAGUUGUUUCAGAUCCCCGCAGGGCUGGUCAAUGGGUCGGUGCCGGCCAAUAGCAGCGUGUUCGCGCUGCACCUAUCGCGCCUGGCGGUGCGGCUGUAUGCAGCGCUGGCGCAGCUGCUUUACGAAGGCACCGUGUACGAACGCGAGAUACCGCUCUAUUUCACCGAGGAGGCGGAACGCACGCUCGAGGACCUGCUCGACUGUUUGGUGUGCGACGCGCGGCGUCGCUUCCCGCACGGCCUCCGAGCGGAGCGGGUGCGCUACGCUCUGCUGGAACAGGUGCUGGCCCUCCAGCUGGGUUUUCUCGCCUUCCGACGCCUGCUGUCCGUACGGCGCAUCUGGAGCUUCGACUUCCGCGACGCCGUAUUCGAGUCGCACCAGUUCGAGGCUUACCGCCGCCUGCCCGCCGCAGUGCGCGUCAACAUGGCGGUGCGCCAAUCGACGCAAUUCGCACAAGCAUUCCGCUGCCCGUCCACUUCGCCCAUGGCUGCUGGAGAGCUGUGCCAAGUUCUACGAUAG